AAUGACCUUAAUUACGUCUACGUUUCUCUUAUAAUAAUUAGGUCUAAAGAGAGAUGACUGAAAUGAUUCUAUACGAACAAAAGGGUCUAUAGAACAUUUCAAGAAUCAACAAUGAAUGCAGGCAGGCAUGCAACUUCCAAUUGUUACUACUUAUCAAUCCUCUCGAGGAGACAAAGGAUCCAGCGAGCUUGUUAUUUGUUGCUCACGAUAACGACGAUGCGGAAGAAAUUACCUCUAAAGACUUCGCAUCUUACGCCUUAAUAGUAGAGUGUGAAUUGGAGGAGCAUAGUCUAAAGCUUAGAUUUGAGUAUGACGACGAAGUCAUCGGCAGCAGCCGUGUUUCAAACAUGGCAGACCAGUUUAAGCACAUUUUGCGCCAGUUGUGCGACUCUUCAAACAGCACAAAACGAAUCGCGGAGAUUGAGGUGAUCAGCAAGAUGGAGCUCGAUAUUAUUUGGACCUGGAAUGCAAAGGUGCCGACAACAAUAGAGGCUCUAGUCCACGAUCUCAUCGCUGAUACAUGUCGAAAACAACGUCAUGCUACAGCGAUCCACGCUUGGGACGGUAUGUGGACGUAUACGGAAGUGCACGAUAUGUCUACUCGCCUGGCGCAUCAUCUGGUGCAUCUCGGAGUCGGCUGCGAGACUGUUGUUCCUCUAUGCUUUGAGAAGUCGAAGUGGACGCCUAUUGCGAUACUCGCUGUGAUGAAAGCAGGUGGCACUUGCGUGACAUUGGAUCCCGCCCUCCCACAAGAUCGCCUGUACAAGAUUGUACAGCAGAUCGAGCCAUCGAUCAUUCUGUCUUCAUUUACCAACAGGCACCUUUCUAGUCGAUUAUACGAGGAGAAGGCGGUCAUCGUUGUCAACGACACACUCCGACCGUUGUUUGAUAAGCAGACAUUGCAACUUCUUCUAGAAGUGCAACCGUCUCAGACGCUUUACAUUGUCUUCACUUCCGGCAGCACUGGCACGCCAAAGGGAGUUAGAAUCAGCCAUUCAAAUUUCAGCAGUGCCCUACGAUACCAAAAUGGUGCUCAUAACCUCGGACCGGGCGCGCGCAUCUAUGAUUUUGCAUCAUAUGCAUUUGAUGUGUCCUGGUCAAAUGUGCUUGGGGCCUUGGAGUGCGGGGCUUGUUUAUGUAUCCCCACAGAUGCAGAACGGCGUGACGACCUAGCCGGGUCUCUCCGUCGCUUCCGUGUGACGCACGUUAAAUUAACCUCUUCUACGGCCUCGCUUUUGCCGCAGAAGACUAUACAAUCUCUUGACACCCUUAUCCUUGGUGGUGAGCGCUUGUCUGAAGAGCAAGCCAAGGUGUGGGCUUCGCUGGUCACGCUAAAGAACUCGUAUGGUCCUUGCGAAUGUACACCAACCGCGACUGUGGCAGACAUUCGUCCAGGCGGCGACAUGACGACAAUCAGGAUAGGUCUCGGCGUCAACACGUGGAUUGUGGACUCGGCCUCAGGUCAAUCGCUUGUGCCAAUACGUAGCAUCGGCGAAUUGGUACUCGAAGGGCCUUUGGUAGGAUCCGGGUAUCUUAAUUCCCCCACUAGCAUCUUCUCCGCAUUUAUCGAGGACCCCCCUUAGCUGCUUCAUAGUGCGUUAGAUCGCACUGGCCGAAAAGGCCGUCUAUAUAGAACGGGCGAUUUGGUUACUUAUAAUAAGGACGGAUCACUUACGUUCAUUGGUCGAAAGGACGCGCAGGUAAAAAUUCACGGCCAACGUGUCGAGCUUGGCGAUAUUGAAAACCAUAUUGCACAAUUUCGUCAAGUCCGACAAUCCGCAUGCUUACUACCCAAGACUAGUCUUUGCGCCAAUAGGUUGGUGGGCCUGAUUAGUGUUAGAUAUACCAACGAAGUAGAUUCAAUAGUCG